AUGCCCAAGUAUGCACCAGCACCAAAAUUAAACAUUCCCUCCAAUGAUCCCUGUAGCAGUAUGCCCAAGUAUGCACCAGCACCAAAAUUAAACAUUCCCUCCAAUGAUCCCUGUAGCAGUAUGCCCAAGUAUGCACCAGCACCAAAAUUAAACAUUCCCUCCAAUGAUCCCUGUCGCAGUAUGCCCAAGUAUGCACCAGCACCAAAAUUAAACAUUCCCUCCAAUGAUCCCUGUCGCAGUAUGCCCAAGUAUGCACCAGCACCAAAAUUAAACAUUCCCUCCAAUGAUCCCUGUAGCAGUAUGCCCAAGUAUGCACCAGCACCAAAAUUAAACAUUCCCUCCAAUGAUCCCUGUAGCAGUAUGCCCAAGUAUGCACCAGCACCAAAAUUAAACAUUCCCUCCAAUGAUCCCUGUAGCAGUAUGCCCAAGUAUGCACCAGCACCAAAAUUAAACAUUCCCUCCAAUGAUCCCUGUAGCAGUAUGCCCAAGUAUGCACCAGCACCAAAAUUAAACAUUCCCUCCAAUGAUCCCUGUAGCAGUAUGCCCAAGUAUGCACCAGCACCAAAAUCAAACAUUCCCUCCAAUGAUCCCUGUAGCAGUAUGCCCAGUAUGCACCAGCACCAAAAUUAA